AUGUUCCGCCCAUCCACUUUCCAACCCUUCUACAGCGCCGCUAGGCCCGCUACUAACUCUAUAUCCCGGUCAUUCAGCAGCACCGCGCGACGAGAUUUCGCUCGUCUCACGGUUGUCGGUCGUCUCGGCGCUCAACCAGAGCUAACGACAUCUUCAAAUGGACGUGAAUAUAUCAGAUACUCCGUUGGUACCAAUUAUGGGCCUCGUGAUAACCAACAAACUAGCUGGUUUCGAGUAACGAGCUUCAUGCCUGAAGGACCCGGCAGGGAUCAUUUGCUCGGUCUUCCAAAGGGAACUUUGCUCCUCGUUGAGGGAGAUGCCACCAUGCGAACAGUAGAAGACAAUGAGGGAAAGAAAUCUAGCAAUUUAGGCUUUGUCCAACGCCACUAUGAUGUUCUCAGCAGGCCAUACAACCCGAACCGUGAUGAUGAACCCAAAUAA